AUGUCUCAGCAUUAUAAUCACGACGAUAUAGAACUUGCAACCAGUCUGCCUUUGCAUUCGCAAUCUUCAUAUGGCUCAGAUGACUUAUCAGAAUCAUCUGGUGAAUCGAUAUAUUCAGAAGAAUCAGUAAGAGAUUAUAGACCAAAAGCAUUGAUUACAGAUUUCAUUGAUUCAUUUAAACCAUUUGACUAUUCCAUUUUACCUCCAAUAUAUCAAGUAGAAACAAAAAAUCCCCAACGGGAUGACGAAGAAGCAAAUUUAGUUCAAUCUACUAGUUUUACAUCUCAAAAGUCAACUACCUUACACCCUUCUCAUCCACAAUUUGACUAUUCAAGAUUUACUGAAUUAGAGCGUGCAGCUUUAGUCACAGCCACCAGUCCAUUAUCUAAACAUCUUAAAACAAGACAUUUAAGUUUAAUUUCUUUAGGUGCAGCCAUAGGAUCUGGUUUAUUCAUUGCUUCAUCUCAAUCAUUAAGUCAUGCUGGACCCUUAGGAUUAUUAUUGGUCUGGUUUAUUAUCGGGGUCAUAACAUUCAUGACAAUGUCUAGUUUAUCAGAAUUAGCCACAGCUUUCCCAGUAUCAGGAGCAUUUGUCACAUUUACAACUUUAUUUAUUGAUUCUUCAUUUGGGUUUGCAAUUGCUUGGAAUUAUGCAAUUCAAUGGUUGGUUACUUUACCUUUGGAAUUAGUUGCAGCUUCUAUGUGUAUUCAAUAUUGGGAUGCAUCUAUAAAUCCCUGCGUUUGGGUUACUAUAUUUUAUAUAACCAUUGUUAUCAUAAACCUUUUCGGGGUAAGAGGUUAUGGUGAAGCAGAAUCUUUAUUCAGUAUUAUUAAAAUUGUCGCCGUCAUUGGAUUUAAUAUCCUUUCAAUAAUUAUUGUUGCUGGUGGAGUCCCAGGUCAACCAUAUAUUGGAGGAAAAUACUGGCAUAAACCUGAAGGUGGAUUAUUCAAUACUGUUGAACCAUUUAAACAAUGUUGUUAUAUAAUUGCAAACGCUUCAUUCGCAUACGCAGGAACUGAAAUAUUUGCCUUAGCAGCAGUUGAAUCUAAAUCACCUAAGAAAUCGAUCAAUAGAGCUAGAUUACAAAUCUUCUAUCGUAUUUUUGUAUUCUAUUUUGUUUCUAUUGUUAUGAUUGGUUUGUUGGUACCUUAUACUUCUCCCGCUUUAAUUGGUGAAAAUUCUAAAGCCAAUAAUCUUGGAAUAGAUAUUAAUACUUCACCAUUUGUUAUUGCUAUUAAGAAUGCUAAUAUUAGAGCCUUACCAUCAAUUAUGAAUGCUGUUAUUAUCAUUACUGUCUUUUCUGUUGGUAAUGCUUCGGUUUAUGGAUCAUCAAGAACUAUGUGUGCUAUGGGAGCUUUAAGACAAGCCCCACCAAUUUUUAAUUAUAUUGAUAGAAAAGGUAGGCCAAUGGUUGCAUUGGGUGUUCAAUUUAUUUUUGGAUUACUUGCUUACCUUGUGGCUUUGCCAGGUCCAACUGCAACUAUGGAUGUUUUUACUUGGUUUUUAUCAUUAAGUGGUCUCAGUAUUCUCUUCACUUAUGUUGCUAUUAAUAUUUCUCAUAUCAGAUUUAGAGCUGCUUUAGAUCAUCAAGCUCGUAUUCCUAAAGAUGAACUAGUUUAUUGUUCAAGUCCAAUUUAUUCAUGGAUUUCACUCAUUGGAUUAAUAACUUUAUUAGGACUUCAAUUUUGGGCAGCAUUAUUCCCACCGGGACAACAAGGAGCUGAUUUUGUUGGUUUCCUUAAGUAUUACUUAAACUUAAUAGUGCUUGUAGCCUGUUAUGUUUCACACAAGUUUUACAAUUGGUGGUUUAAUGGCGUUCCUCUUACUAAAUUCUUCUUAAGAGCUGGAGAAAUAGAUGUUGAUACCGGUAGAAGAGAUAUUGAUUUGGAAAUCAUUAAACAAGAAAUUGCUGAAGAGAAGUUGAAUUUGAAAUCCAAACCCUUCUACUAUAAAGUAUACAAAUUCUUCUGUUAA